AUGUCACUUGUGGUUGCUAUACUUUAUAAACCUAUCAAGUAUUUUAAAAAGCUAUUACAUUUGGCAAUUAGUUACUCAGCAUUCCUGCAAUGGCCAGCAGCAUUAGGACGUAGCAGCUGGAGUUCAUUCUUUACAAUCCUCACAUUUAUUCUUUACCUUUGUGUCCUCGUACAGAGACACAUCUCUGCUAAUUUGCCUUCCGCUGCCCCCAUAGCAGAUGGUUUGUGCAUGGGACUCUGUGAGCUUCUGAAUGAGCAAGGACACCUGGGUAAUUCUGGAUUCAUGAAUGACAUGAACAGAAGUCCAACACCCUUAGGCACCGGCAGACCUCCUCAUGAUGGUUUCGAGUUCAAGCACCGUCUGGCGAGGCCACCAUUCCGCCCACCGAUGGGGAUGGAAAUGGGGAUGAUGCCCGGCCCCCAAGCGCCUGUCAUGAUGGUGCCAAGGCAGCCGGGACCUCCCUUCCCAGGAUCGCCUAUCUUCCGGCCCCCCAUGGCUGAAGGGCACCACAUACCCCCCCUGCCUCCUCCUCCUGUACCUGCGCACAUGGUUCCCCCACACAUGCCUCCCCACGCUCACAUCUACUCGCCUCAUCCGUCACAUCCGCAUGCCCUAGCCCCAUCUCACCCCAUUCCACCACCACAUCCACCACCCCCAUCUCAUCCUCCACACCCAUCGUUACCUCUUCAUCCUCAACCUCCACACAUACCAAAUGCACUCAUACCACCGGGCACUCAGUUCCCACUUAUGCCUCCAGGGGAUGCAAAGCCACCUCCGCCCCUACCCCCUGAUCCACAGGCUCCGCCACCUGAACUGAGUGCACUCCCUCCUCUUCCAUCUAGUAAAUUAGCAGUCCAACCUCCACUCCCUCCUCUUCCACCUCUUCCGCCUCCAGUAGAUAUAUCAAAGCCCCCGCCACCCAAGGAACCCCACCUCCCAGCCCUGUUAAGAAGCCUCCUUUGCCCUCCUCGUCCCCUCCACCACCCAAGUUGCCACCGCCGUCUGGAAGUAAUGCUACAAGUUCCACCGCCCAUAAACCACAGAAACAACUAG